GAGUUGCCGUGCCUCUCCUUCCUCUUUAUCCAUACUCUUUCUUCUAAACAGACCUUCAUUCUUCUUGACCGAAAAGUCGUUAAUCAUCGUCAAAUUUCCAUUCAUUUUUUUUCUUCGAAUCCCCUUCUGCCAUAAUUAACCAUGACCGUAAACACCCGCGAAAAGCAGUGGUGGAAGCAGGCGGUUGUCUACCAGAUCUACCCAGCAUCCUUUUGCGACUCCAACGGCGAUGGCAUCGGCGAUCUUCCUGGUAUCACAUCUAAGCUCGACUACAUAGCUAGCCUUGGCGUCGAUGUCAUUUGGAUCUGCCCCAUGUACGACAGCCCGCAGGUGGAUAUGGGCUACGACAUCUCCAACUAUGAAGACGUUUACCGGCCGUACGGCACCGUCCAGGAUAUGGAGACGCUGAUCAAGGAGACGCAUGCCCGGGGCAUGCGCAUCAUGCUCGACCUCGUCAUCAACCACACCUCUGACCAGCACGCUUGGUUCAAGGAGUCCCGCUCUAGCAAGGAUAGCCCGAAGCGCGAUUGGUAUAUCUGGCGGCCUGCGAAAUAUUCCCCGUCUGGCGAGCGGCUGCCGCCAAACAAUUGGCGGUGCAACUUUGGAGGCGGCAGUGCCUGGGAGUGGGACGAACUCACGCAGGAGUACUACUUGCAUCUCUUCGCGACCGAGCAGCCCGAUCUCAACUGGGAGAAUCCCGAAACCCGCAAGGCCAUCUACGCCUCGGCUAUGGAGUUCUGGCUCAAGCGCGGGGUUGAUGGCUUCCGCAUCGACACGGUCAACAUGUAUAGCAAACCGCCUACCCUCCCAGACGCCCCCAUUGUCGAUCCUGGCACGCCCUACCAGCCCGCCGGCAUGAUCUAUUGCAAUGGGCCCCGUAUGCACGAGUUCCUCAGCGAGAUGAACGCCAUACUUACCAAGUACGGUGCCAUUACGGUCGGAGAGCUGCCCUGCACCCCCGACACGUCUCGCGUGCUCCAGUACGUCAGCGCAAAGGCCAAGCAGCUCAACAUGGUGUUCCAGUUCGACGUGGUCGACGUCGGCAUGGGGAAGACGCACAAGUUCGCGACACCGCCCAGGAACUUCACUCUCCCCGACUUCAAGGCGGCAGUCGACAUGACACAGGCGCUGAUCCGCGGCACCGACGGCUGGUCCACCGUGUUUAUCGAGAACCACGAUCAGGCGAGGUCAGUCAGCCGCUUUACCGACGACCGGCCCGAGUUCCGCGUUCGGGGCGCCAAGCUGCUGGCUCUCAUGCAGGCUUGCUUGAGCGGCACACAGUACAUCUACCAGGGCCAAGAGAUUGGCCUCGUCAACCUUCCCAAGGACGCGUACCCCAUCGAGAACUAUAAGGACAUCGACAGUACACUGUUUUACGACAUGGUCAAGGAGCGCUAUGGCGCCGACAACAAGGUCGAGCUGGACAAGGCGUUUGACGCCGUGCAAUACCUGGCCAGAGACCAUGCUAGGGUCCCCAUACCUUGGAAUGGCCAGGCCAAGUACGGUGGAUUCUCCGAGGCCGCCGAAAAGGCUGGCAAGAAAGUUGAGGAGCCGUGGAUGAAGACGCACCCGCUAGCCAGCGAGAUCAACGUGGCCUCGCAGCUCAACGAUCCAGACAGUGUGCUCGCAUUCUGGCGCAAGAUGCUCCGCUUCCGCCAAGCGUACGCCCAUCUACUUGUGUACGGCGACUUCAAGGACCUGAGACCCGACGACAAGAAUCUAUUUAUGUAUCUCAAGGAGCCAGACCAUGGCGCUGGCGACAGGGUGCUUGUGGUUCUGAACUUCACCACGGAGGACCAGACCUGGAAUGUACCCAGCCCGGCAGAGCUUGGCGCGUCAGAAAACCCAGAGCUAAUACCCAUCAUGGCCACGCACUCGGGGAUGCGGAAACUUGGUCAGCUCGAGCCGUUUGAGGGCCAAGUGUAUCUUGUCAGAUAGACGGUUGAUAUGACAAUGGGCUCUUUGGACUACACGCCCGAGCUUCCCAAGGCAAACAAAGCGCUGCGAGAAGUGCUGUAAGUUUAGCAAGCAAUGUAGGGAUAGAUAUAUGUUUGGCCUAACUAGGAACAUUUGUCUUAUAGUAGC